UUCAUUUUUCUGACUCCCAAUUAUUUCCAGGAAAGCGUUGAACGUUUGUCACGUCCCCGCAUCUCUGAAGGCGGUACUUGUCACAGGGAAUGGAAGAGGCAGUUCUCUUCCAGGAAGGAAAGGAAGUUAUGCGAAAAAGUGCUACACUCUCCCAUGGUUGGAGUUGCACGAGAUUACGGUUUGCCCGCCCCAGUGACGCCGUUCCAGCCACUCGACUCUACUCGCAUGACAAUUGCUAAUGCCGAUCGCAGUGGGACGGUCCGUCGUGGACCCACAACUAGAUUGCGACUGGACGGAACUUCCCUCUUCCCUGAGGUUCUUUUGAGAGCUCCGGUGUCAAGCACACCAAUCUUUCUCAAGCGCUUCGGUGAUUAUAAACCUCAACAGAAAGAGCCUCCAAGAGCUUCACCAGAAUCCAUUGAUGCGAGCACUAACGAGGAGCAACGGGUGAUGGAGAACGCUGCUGCAAACGCCUCCGCUGGCGAUCACACACCUCAGCCAUCCAUGAUUCCUGAUGCUGCGACUCAGCCACAGUCGGCUGGGGAUUCAAGUUAUGUCAUCCAUCGUGAUUUUGAAGGCAUUAGUCUCAUUGUGUCAAAAAGAAUCAAAAGUCGU